CUCGCCUACUCUCCCUCUCGCCCAUGAAGUCAUCGUCACCGCCGCCGCCGCCCAUGCCAGCUGCUUCCGGCGCCUCCGGCGCAGGGCACGCCCCAAGCUUCCCACAGUCCGCGCCUCCCUCCCCUCCAUCCAGACUCUCUGCUCCCAGCCUCUACAGCCCGCUCGCAACCACACAUCCAUGGCUAGGGUUUCGGGCAUGGCUUCGCCGGCGCGUCUCCGGUGGUCCCAGGUUCGUCCUUCCUUCCUUCUUGGCCGAGAUUGACCGCCCCUACACCUCACCUUCUCUUCAUAUCCUCUGCUGGAGAUGCAGUUGGGGCACGCCAUGGGAGUUCCCCAUCCACCAUGGUCGCCGCCAUCAAGGGAUUCCUCAAGGAGAUGUCAAGGACGCCAUGGACAUGCAGCUCCUCAAGAUCAAUUAAGGAAUCAAUCUCAUGAUGGUUGAUGCUUGAUGCAGCGGAGGAUUGGGCCUCGCAUUAUUUUUUCCAGAAUUGGGUGUGGGUACUCUCUAAACUGGAUUGAGUGAGCUAAAUCUGUGCAUCAAAAUUGUAGUCUGUAGCUUUAUGUGUUACGUCUUAAGAUUGAACUUGAAGAUUGCUUUUGGGAGUAGUUUUAGUUGGU